AUGGAUCCCUUUUCGUUAACGGCAGGCGCACUCCAGAUAGCUUCGGCUUGCGCGCAAUGUACGGUCACGAUCAUUAAGAUUUGCGGCGACAUCAAGUCUGUUGAUGCUCGGGUCAGCUCCUUUUGUGAUGAAGUCGGUGCGCUUCGGGCGACCUACGACGGCCUCGAGAAGAGCUUGUCUUCGCCUCUCCUGUUGGAGGCUGCACGAGUUGCCAGUCGAACGUCCGAUGGGUCUCAUCUCUGGAAACAGAUCAGGGAUGCGCUCGAUGACUCCACGAAGACGAUGAGAAGGGUCAACGAAAUACUCAUUCAGAUCACAAAAGCAUCGGGAUUCGCCCGGAAAGUCAAGGCCCACCUGACGGAGAGUUUGCAUACUGGCGAGCUCUCACGACUACGACAGCGCAUCCAAUUCUUCAAUGCUGCUCUAUCACUACCCAUCCAGAUGGUCUGUGUGAUGCUCCAACUGGAGCAAAGAGGGAUGACAGCAGACCACCACAACGCCCUGGAUCUCAAACUGGUAUCACUUGAACAGAAUAUUAGGGAACUUGUCCGAAGGCUCAGCUUCCCUUCUCGCUCGCAAACCCUCGGUGGUACCACUAUCGCUGCCGCGGACAACAUGAAGCUGGACGAGGAUGACGGGAUGAAGACCUAUAUUGCUUUCGCCAAGAAGUUUUUGACUACUGCAUCCGCUGCCGCCAGCACGAGAUCCUCGCUGAGCACCAUGUCUCCGGCCGUUGAGCCCGACGUUCUCGACGGACGCAAGCACUCAGUGAACGAGUUGCCAUCGCCAGGCGACCACAGAAGCCAUGUGGAGGGAUGGAUCCAGCCUCCUUCCGCAGGCACGAUUCCUCAAGGCCCGCAAACCGGCGGACACGGUCGGCCGAGCCUCGGCUACCCUGCAGGGGAUAUGGAAGACGACAACGAAGUGGAAUUCCUGAGGACAAAACAACACCUCAAGUUAGGACAGGACAGCUUCGAACAAAGCGAGCAUGCCAAAGCAGAAAGACACUUUCGGCGAGCAUUGGUUCUUAUGCAGGACCACGACUUUGAUGGGAGAAUAUCGUUUCAGCCAGCAGAGGUAGUCCUCAUGCUGGCCGAGUGUUGCCUGAAACAAGAUAAACUUGACGAAGCGGUCACCCUGUUGGAGCCUGUUGCUGCCAGGCGCGCUGACAUCUUUCCAAGCACCUCAGCAGAAGACGCACAUUCCGACAGAAAACACUCCUCCCCUGGUCGAGGUCCCGACAAACUUCAGGCCCUCGCGGCGAGCCAUAUGUUGGGUCGGGUUUUCGUCCUGAAGGGGGAUUUUGACAGCGCGGAAAAACAAGGUCUAAGGGCAUUUGUGGAGCGCAGGAAAGAAUUGGGCCCGCAGGACGAGAAGACGCUCGAGUCGGUGCGCCUCGUCAUUGAGAUAUACAAGACACGUGGGGAGGAGGGAGACGAGGAGGAGGCCGAAGGCUACGAAGUAUUUUUGUCGACGCCGGAGAAGCAGACGCCUACGACAUCGACGGACAAGCUACUGCCGACACCAAAGGAUAUACCACGCUCAGUACCUACGCUCAUAGCUCCAGGAUCUUCUCAACAAGAAUACCUACAAAACGGGCCGCGGUCGAAUUUUGUGCGCCGCUUCAAGCAUCUCGGCCGCUCGUCUCACUCUGGCCCAGCACAAUCACCUCCCUCACCCAAUCUGCAGAGACUGUCCAUCUCAAGAUCGCCCAUUCUGAACGAUCCUCAAGACCCAGAUGUCACUGCCCUGCUCGGUGCCCGAGGUAUCAGCUCUCCCUCCGAAGCAUCGACGCACGACAGAGCCGUUUCAAUGAGCGGCGAUGAUGAAUCGAUUGCAACGCCGUCCACGGGACGACUGUCCCGCUCGUCAUCGAGCCGAACCCUCGAACCGACCUUCCAAGCUAUAGCCGACCUCUGCAACGAAAGGAAGCUCGAUCGAGCUGUGAAAGUCGCGAUCCAGUUCCUGGAAACAUACCCCUCGAGCUACAUGGUCAUCCGAAAGUCAGAGCUCAAGGAGAACAUCAAGCAUGGACACGGCCACGGACUGGCACGAACGGGCCGAGGCUAUUCACCGCUUCAUUUCUUCUGCGAGCUCCGAGAGGAGCACGCCGAGGAAGUCAACCUGCUCAUCAAGCAGGGCGUGGACGUCAACGCGGUCGCCUUCCAAGCCGGGUAUACCCAGUCGAACCCCAAGGAUCCGUUCACAGCCUUGCAGCAGGCCGUCGAGCGGGGGUUUUCCACCAUCACGAGUCUCCUGUUAGCGGUUGAGGGCAUCAAGACCGACACAAAGGACCCGGAGGGAUACACGCCGAUCAUGGUCGCGUGCCGAAAGGGCCACCACGCCAUCGUCAAGCAGCUGUUGGUGUUUCCUCGGCCCACGGCGUUUCCGCAAACCUGGCACGGCAAUACCCUCCUUCAUGAUGCUUCGCGGAGGUGUGAUCCCACCUUGGUCGAGAUGCUCUUGGAACAUUACACGGACAUUGACGGGCGUGAUCGAUUCGGCAAGACCGCGCUGAUGCACGCCGUUGUCAAGUCCGACGUAGCUGAUCCUGUCGAGAAGAGGAGACGCAUCAAGGGCCGGUGCAAGACGGUGCAAAUCUUGCUCGAAGCGGGCGCGGACCCGACGCUCAAAGAUCACAGGGCAAACACGACUGUGCGAGAUUAUGCCGUCGAGGAAGACGAUGCUGAGUUGUUGAUGUUGUUGGAUCAGACUCCUAGGAGGGGAAUCAGCGAGUUGCUGGCUUGA